UAGCGCCACACGAGCACCGUCACAAGCUGCAGGCCGUCCAUUCCACGCCCGAGAACAGGACAUUUGCUGGUCAUCAGAACCCGUGGUUACCAGCAGCAUACGACCACCACCUGCAGCAGCAGUAGCAGCAACAGGAGAAGCAGCAGAAGCAGCAGCAGCAGCAGCAGCAGCAGGAACGGGUGGGGUGGUGGUGGGCGGCAGGGGGUGCAGCCGCUGCGUGCGGGGCGAGCAGUGCAGCUUUCACGUGUGGGUGCGCCCGCCUGCUCACUGGGUGCUGCCCCCUGUGGCUCCUGCGAGCAGUGAAAGGGAAAACGGUGGAGAGGGGGGGAAUGGCGGAGAGGCGGAGAGCAGCGGCGGCAGCGUUGAGCGCAGGUGGUGGAAGAAGGACGUGACGCUGUCUCUGCUGGGCCCCGCCCUGGGCCAUGGGGAGGUGCAGUGCCUCGACCCCCCUGCCUGCUCGCAACUGCUCGUCUCCUAUCGCCUGUGGGAUGUGGGGACUUACAGUGCAACACUCCAUGUGGGUUGCGCCAAUCUCAACUUCUCGCUGGCCUUUGCCGCCCACUUCAACUCCACCUACCGCCAUGACCUUGCCACGUGGAGCCUCUCCAUUGGCUGGCCAGAAUCCGCUUCCGAGAAGAUUCAUGGCUCUGCAGCUGGAGCUGCUGAUAAUGAUGAUGAUGAUGGUGGUGACAGUGCUGCCAGGUCAUCGUCAGACGAUAGGGUGCUUCUGGAUGACGUGGCAGCUGGUGAUGAGGCACUUGGAGAAGGCGAUACCACCUUCCCAGAUACCACCUUCCCAGAUACCACCUCUACAGAUACCACCUCCCCAGAUACCACCUCUACAGAUACCACCUUCCCAGAUACCACCUCUACAGAUACCACCUCCCCAGAUACUACCUCUACAGAUACCACCUUCCCAGAUACCACCUCCCCAAAUGCUGCCUCUCCCAGCCGGCAACCCUCUCCCUGUGCACACUCCAUCCCCGGUCGGUGGAUGAAGGGACGCAGCGGCAAGUACAUCUGGGCCUUCUUCCCCUGCGCACCAUCAGAGUCGCCUCCCAGCCGUUGGAUAGAGCAGCUGGCAAGCAGGGGCAUCCGUGAGAUCAACAUAGUGGGCGAUUCCCAUCAGAGGGUGCUGGCGCUGCACCUGCACUGGCUGCUGUCGGGGGAGGCGGACAAGCGGAUCCGCAAGGGGCAUUUAGACUUCAGCAAGGAGUCGAGGAAUGAGCGGAACGAGUCGAUGCGGAUUAAUUUCUACUGGGUGGAUGGGAUUUACCGGAAUGAUGAGUUUGGAUGCAG